AUGAGUAGUUUUAAGAUGCUGGUUGUUGCGCAGACGAGCCAGAGAGAGUGUUGGACGGUGAACGACGAGAGUUUCUAAAUGUGCAGAGUAGCGUGAUCGUAGAAAAAAGGCGGUGGGUUGGGGUGCGAUCAAUUUAGGCGGACCCGACACGCGAGACUGGCUCAAGCCUCGCUCUCACACCUCCUUCGAGGCUUACUGCUCUCUUCCUCCUACCACUACUUAUACUCCGCCAACCUGGAUUAUCUCUCCCUAAACAGAUGUUUCAUCUCCAUACACAAUGGCAAAAAAGAAUCCUGUGUUCGAUCACCAGAAAUCACCCAUUACCUCAAUGUCGCAUGCUCAGCCCCGCAUCGUAGACGUCGUCGAAAAUACAAACAACACACUUUAUCAGGACGACGACGACGACAUUUGUCCGGUAUGCGAAAGCGAGUGUACUUGCCGCAACAGAGCUACUACCAGUACUCUCCCGACUCCUUCUACUUCCAGUGUCACUCCACCUGUCAUUCAAGAUGUACAUCCACUGAAAAUCAAACUUACCCUUCCUCCUCACUUCAAAUCUCGCCGCUUGCAAGCACCUGCCCAAAUAUCUACCGAGAACACUGGCGGCGUGCCGCACGUGCUUCCGGGUGCUUUACCACCCAGACGUCGCGGUCGUCCUUCGAAAGCUGCCAUUGCUGCCCGCGAUGCCGCUGUACGUGCUCAAACGGCCGUUAACGGUUACACAGAGCCACUGCCGGUAUACAGACCCAAGACGAAGGCGACUCACGUGUCUAAACCUAGAAAACCCAGAUUGGCGGGUACGUUUAUUAGCAACCAUGCCUCUUCCUCGAGGGUGGUUGUACCUCCUACUCCUGCCGAUGACAGUGACUUUGAUGACGUGCACUCCGAGACCUUCCCCACAUUUGUUUCAGCUGCAUCGUCUUCACACAGUAGCUCGUCUGAGUCCGACGAGUCUAUCACAUCUAUCGACUCUGAGGGUGAAGUGGACUCUGAAGAUGACGAGGCCCGUCCCCUUUCACGCUCUUUACGACACAAGAUCAGAACCAAAAAGGACCUGCUGGUUGGCGAUGAAGCGAGUAGGAAGCGUAAACAUACGAAUAACUGGGAGAUCAAGUCCAGAAUGCGUAGUGAAGGUCCAGAAGAUGCUGUCAUGGACGUCGACAGUGAUGGUGCCAGUAGUAUUGACGGUGCUGACGAUGAAGAUGAGGAAGAGGAAGAAGCGAACGAAGAAGACGUGGAAGCGGAUGUGGAAAACGAAGGACUUGGUGAACCUGAACCUGACGACGAGGACGAGCCACCUUUGGACGGCAAGCUGGGAGUUAGCUUCGGGGGCGUCACUUCAGGAUGGAGUGAAGAUGAAGAAUCCUCUUUCGACGCUGACCUAUUUUUUGCUCACCUUGAAGAUUCCUCCGACUCAGAUUCAUCACCCAAUGUUCUACACGACCCUGAGUUCGCGUCAGAUGCAGAGGAAUCUGAUGCAGACUUUUCUCGCCGCCUCUCUGCUGACGAACGUGAUGCUCUACUGUUGACGGACGUGGACCCCUCUGCACACACUCGCAGAGGCAAUGGGGAGCUUGAAUUCGGUCUUUCCUUACACGGUCUGUCUUUCGGUUGGGAUGGCCAAUUAUUACUUUCACGUCAAAUGGACGCCGCUCAUCUGGAUGUCGAUCUUGGCGUCACGACCGAAGACGAUAUCGACAUGACCGCCGGCUCUGACAGCGAAACCACCGCGGACGAAACUACUCACGUCCUUCAAGACGCUGGUAUCAUAUUGGAAGAAACUGACGGCGAAACUACUGAAGACGAACUGGUUGACGCGGAUGGACUUCCUAAUCCUCGCGCUAUGAUGCUUUUCCGUUGGCCUACAACCGUUUCAGCUAUCAAUCCACUCUCAACCAUGAGCUCAAGUAAUCAUUUUACGCCUCCUGCAGAUGCUUCUACAAGUGUUCGGAUUGCACUUGCUUCAUUUCCUGCCCAAAGGAGUUCGCCACCUCCAACUCCUGCUGAUAUCCUCGCUGGAAAAGUAUCAAAUGGUGAUCUCGAUGAGUUGGAGAUGAAGCAGAUGCAGAGCGAGUUUGUGGAUAGGCCAAAGAGAGGUGGUGUGGUGAUGGGCAGUUUCGUUAUGGCGACUGAACAUGCGGGUGCCUUUGCUGUUGUGGAUGGGUCUGGUCAAGAGACUCCAGCAGCUUUCCCGAGGAUACGUAUCCUGCGUAAGCCUAAAACGGAUAAGUCAAGGGAGGACUCGAAAGAUCUUCGUUCGGAAAUUGAAACGAAUGACAACGGGUCGCAAGAUGUACCUCCGCCCAGCGACAGUGUUCCACCUUCAUCUUCUGACGAAGUUACUCCUCAGUCUCAAACGCAAGAAUCGGAAGACUGUCCUGAUGCUUUCGACUUGGGUGAUGUUUUGGAAACAUCGUUCUUGGACCUGGAACCCGUUUCCCCGGAACGCAGUACCACAGACUCGUUCUGGUCACCUGGUGGAUUCCAGAGCGAUGCCACGCAUUCAAACAAUCUUAAUAGAUGGGACCGCAUUCCUGUCGCCACCUUCCGACGGACACGCGAAACUGCCACUCUGGACUAUCCUGGUUCAGACACAAGUGUUGGUGGUAACCUUGUUGGUACGCCCCUGGCCCAAUCCAUCCUCAAAAGUCGCGACAAGCAAUCGAAAGGCGGGCAAGACAAGCGCAAAGGCAAACGUGCGCAGAAGCUCGUCAUCUCGCCUGUUCUGCUUCCUUUGCGCGACGGCGAUGGCGUCCUGGCUAGUUCGGAGCCCCCAUUCUCCAAUCAGGAUCAAUCGCAUCACCAUAAGAGUCGGAAGGAGCGCAAGGAAAAUGCGAAAAAGAAAGCGAUGGGCAAAUAUGCAUCUCGUCGGUUCCAGCAGCACCAGCAACAGAAUCACAAUCAUCACCAUCAUCAUCACCAUUAUCCCAAUAUGAAAUCCCGUGGAUCGAGUUCGAUGCAGCGCACGAACUUCUUUGCAUCUUCCAGUUCCUCCGUCCCUCAUCUCAGUAUAUAAUGCCGGCCCUGCCAGUUCUGCCGUCUCUUUCGUCUGUUCUCUUGUCGCAUCGAUCCAUCAUUGUCAUCUAAUUCGUAAUUUGACAUCCCCGCAUUCUCUGUCCUCCGUUCUUGCCAAUUUCGCAGUCUCACUUUCUUUUUCUUCUGAUUUCUCAUCUUGGUGCUCGUGCAAAAAGAAAAGCACUUAGCCGUGCGCGAUACGUUAUUUUUUGUAUCGCUUGUCUCGAAUUCACCUCAAAGGCAUUUCUCUCCUCUCUUCCCCCUCCUAUCUGUGCUUGAAUCCGGUCCAUAAUUUAUUGACUCGUGUUGUCGACGUUUGUACUCACUUGCUCUCCUUCACGACCCAAUAGCUACUGCUGACGAACGAUGUGUAUCUAUCUGCAAUCGAAACUUUUUCAUGC